AGUUUUCAAGGCAUCAUGGGAUUGGAGGUAGGAUGAAAACUGGAGACGAGGCUUCAUGUUUGUGGUGGUGAGGCUGCUGUCAUGGCGGUGCACUGCUGUUUUGUACGUGGCACUUGGCGUGAUGAAUAUUCAAAGUGAAAUGAAACCGUUUUGCCUUUUAAGAUGAUUGCAGGGAGUUUUUAUAACUUAUAGACAAGGACUCCAAUAUCUCAAGUGGUAGUUUCGUUCUAAGAUUGGCUUUGUUCCGUGAAAGUUUGUUUUAAAAAUUUUCUGAUUCAAGCCUUUUACACCGUUUAUACUGCAAACUUCAAAAUGCUAAAACACGUUCCAGUUUUCCGUGUGGCCGUUAUGUCAGUUCUUGCUUUGGCAAUAUGUGGAGUAAACGUUAUUGCAGAAGAGUCGCUAGGAGUCAACGAGGGAGAGAAAGAAGCGAGCGGUGGAGAAAAUAAAACUUCUAGCAGCGACAACUGGGUCGAGAACCUGUCCUGGAACCUCCUUGGCUAUGCAACAAUAAUCAUUCCAGCUGCCUUUAUUAUCCGUAUGCUCAAGAAUUCAAACUUCAACGAAAAAAGUGGAACAGGAUGCCUAUUCCGUUCUGUCCAGCUUUGUGUGUUUGGCACACCACAGGAGACACCGAGUGUUGAGGAGGGUGGUAUCAAAGCAAGUUCUGCAAAGGAUGACACAGCUACCCCAUCAAGUUUUUCUAAAACAACUUUAAAGCUCCUGUUUUGUGCAACAGGUCUUCAAGUAUCAUAUCUCACAUGGGGAGUCUUACAAGAACGGAUAAUGACACGGGACUACAAGGAGCACAUGGCCGAUGGAACAGUUCAGGACGUGAAAUUUACAAAUUCUCAAUUCCUUGUUUUUGUCAACCGUGUCCUUGCUCUCACAGUUGCCGUCACUUAUAUAGUCUUCACACGACAGCCACGACACACUGCACCACUAUACAAGUAUUCAUAUUGCUCCUUUUCAAACAUAAUGAGCAGCUGGUGUCAGUACGAGGCAUUAAAAUUUGUCAGCUUUCCGACACAGGUCCUGUGCAAGGCAUCAAAGAUAAUUCCUGUGAUGAUCAUGGGGAAGAUAGUCUCCAAGAAAGUCUAUCCCUACUAUGAAUAUGUUGUGGCUGUUCUCCUUUCUGCAGGUGUCAGCCUGUUUCUUUUGUCAGCAGAUCCAUCAGGGCAGCGUACAACAGCUGCCACAACCUUUUCUGGAGCAGUUAUUCUUCUGGGAUACAUGGCUUUUGAUAGCUUUACCUCCAAUUGGCAAUCAGAGCUGUUUACCACACACAAGAUGUCCUCUAUGCAGAUGAUGUUUGGCGUGAAUCUGUUUUCUUGUUUGUUGACAAUGUGGUCAAUGAUCGAAGGCGGAAACUUCUUGUCAGCAUUGGGGUUCAUGUUAAGUCAUCCAGAGUUUGCAUUUCAUGCCCUGGUGUUGUCAAUAACGUCAGCCACAGGGCAGCUGUUUAUUUUUUACACCAUUCAAUCAUUUGGUCCCAUUGUCUUCACUAUCAUCAUGACUACACGCAUGAUGCUUAGUAUACUUCUCUCUUGCAUUCUUUAUAAUCACCCAUUGUCAGCUCAAGCAGUAUUCGGUGUGCUUGUUGUGUUUGUUGCACUAUUUCUGCGGGUAUACGCUAGGUAUCGCACAUCAAAGUCUCCCACAAAGGCCUAAAUGGUACCCUUCCUGUUAGUGGGGUGGGUGGUUGAUGGGGUCAGUAAAGGUCCUUUGCAGUUAGAAUUACACAAUGUAAUGUGCUCUUUCCUCAUUUCUAGUUAACAGAAAUAAACAACUAGUAUUGAGUAUUUAGUAUGAGUAUUUAAAGUUUAGGUCCUUGCUAGUAAUAAUUAUUAUUGAUAGGACAUGACCUUUCUUUGGCAAGCCACGAACAGCUUGAUUUUUCAAUCUUUUUAAAUCUUGCUGACUGGAACUAAAAAUAAUUUACACUUAUCAUGGUUUGGCUAAUCAUGCUUUGAAUGGCACCCAUGCACCAGGCUUGAAGCUGGGUUGAAAUAUUUUUAAAAUAACUCUCCAUCAACCCCUAUUAUUAAUUUAUGCAUUGGCUACAUGUAGUUGGUUCUACCUUCAAAUGCUAAUAUGUUAUCAGGUUUUGGAAAGGGGAAGUUUUAUCCCAGACAUUAGGUGUAUGUAUAGUGUAAUUAAUAUGUAAAGUAGGGUCAAAUAUUUAAAGAAAUCUUUCUAAAUGAAAUGAUAUUUUUCAAGCUUGUUCAGAGUCUCCUCUUUGUCUUUUUCAAACAAGGAAGUUGGGUCCUUUUAGGCUUGCAAUGUGUAGAUGCAGGUUUCCAAAACAUAACUGCCUGACCUGACUCAUCCAUCAUGGUUUCACAGUAACCAUCCCAUUGAAACAUGUUUAUUGGCCUUAUGAUUUAAUGAUAUACCCAGUUUCAUCAUAAUUUAUCUUGUGUCCACGUUCAACUACAUGUACUCAUACUUGCCAGAGUAACGUGAUUGAGGUUAACUCAUACAGGCCGAUGCUACUCUACAUUAUUUCAUUUACCAGUUUGACCAUAAUCAGGUACUUUCAAUUGACAAAUUUACUACACGUUGCACACUGAUUAGCCAUUUCCACAAUCUUAAUAAAAAUUGGGAGAUUAAGUAAAUGAUGGGCAAAUCGUGACAGGUGAAUCAUGUUUUGCAAACGUGGUCUACACACUGCACUGAAAUUGGUGUUAAUAGUCAAGACAGGAUUUAUAACAUGGCAUCAGCACACCUUGCUAGCCAAAGUGCACAUUAUGUAACUAAUAUUUUACAUACUUUAGUACACAGUUGCAUGGAAAUGUGUAAUAUUGCUGUAUAUUUUUACAAGUUUGUACCUGGCAUUUGCUAGAGCUCCCA